AUGAUAGCGUUUGCGAGACGAAGCUUGAAGCAGAGUGAGCGCAGCUAUCCCGCUCACAAGCUUGAGUUUCUUGCCUUGAAGUGGUCUGCUACUGAAAAGCUUCAUGACUUCUUGUAUGGCGGGAUUGUGACGGAUAAUAAUCCGCUUACCUACGUGAACACUACCGCCAAGUUGAACUCUACUGGUCACAGAUGGCUAGCUGCCCUAUCCAACUUUAACUUCAGCAUCACCUAUAGGAAGGGAAAGAAUCACAUAGAUGCUGAUGGUCUUAGCUGUGUGUUUCCAACUGAAGUUAUCCAGGCAAUCAGUCACGCCGCUACAGCCGAAACAGUUCCUCUAUCAGAAACUGAUGCUGCCGGCGAUUCAUCUGAAGUAGAUGAUGUACCUGAUGGAAAGGUCGAAGAAACUGACAAGUCCACAGAUGUACCAGAUGUAGCGCUCUACGCCAUCCAAGCCAGGCGAGGUUCAACAGUGAAUGAUUCGUUGAACACUCCAAGACCACAAAUGAAACGUAAACCUCCAAAGUGGAUGUCUACAGGGGAUUGGAAAUCCCACCCGGUGCUAGUAGCCGCCAUAGACUUUGGGACAACAUACUCUAGUUGGGCGUUUUCCUUCCAACACGAGUAUGACAGUGAUCCUACCAAGGUUUUUGCAAAACAAUGGAAGGGUCAGGAAUCACAGAAAGGUCCUACAUGCGCCUUAAUUGAACCCAAUGGAAAAACGCUGCAUGCUUUUGGGUUUGACGCAGAGACGAAGUACUUUGAACUGCUUGAAGAGGACAAUGACGAGGGAUAUUUUUUCUUCAAGCGCUUCAAGAUGAGGCUUUUAGGGCAGACAAUCCACAGAGACACCGAAAUAGAAGAUAUCCAGGGAAAAUCACUGCUAGCAAAAACAGUGUUUGCUCUUUCUCUAAAGUAUCUAAAAGACGAUCUCAUAGCAGUGACAAACGAUCGCAUUUCGGGCAUGAUUAAAAACACUGAGAUACAUUGGGUUUUGACUGUUCCUGCAAUUUGGGACGACGGUGCCAAACAGUUUAUGAGGGAAGCGGCCAUAGAGGCUGGAAUUUUGGAUGAUAAACUAACAAUUGCACUUGAACCUGAGGCCGCCUCUUUAUUUUGUCGCCAUUUGUCCGUGGAAAAGAGUGGAAACCAGACGUCCUUGGCAAAGUUCACCGCAGGGAAGAGAUACCUCGUUUUAGACGCUGGAGGUGGCACAAUUGACGUCACCGUUCACGAGGUGGUACGUCAAGGACAAGUUAAGGAGCUAUACAAAGCAAGCGGUGGCGCAUGGGGUGGCACGAAGGUGGAUGAUGCAUUUCUGGAUUUCCUUACACUUAUAACAGGACAAAACGUCAUUGAUUCAUUCAAGAAAUCAGACAUGUACGAUUUUAACGAAAUAAUGAAAAUAUUUGAAGUGAAGAAAAGAAGUAUCACACAUGAGAGUGAAUCGAACAUUGUCAUGAGACUUCCGCAGUCUUUAUCAACAGCGGCACAGCAAGAGACUGGCAAAUCUAUUGCCGAGUUAGCGGCUUUGUCGAAAUUCGGAAAGGAGGUCAGUGUUGUUAAAGAUAAGCUAAAGAUACCCGCAUCAGUUGUCCGGACACUUUUCCAAAAAUCAGUUUCUACUACGACUGAUCAUGUUGCAGAAUUGCUUGAAGCAGAUGCAAAUAAAGGUAUACAAGCUAUUGUAAUGGUCGGUGGAUUUUCAGAAUCUCCCCUGUUACAGCACGCGAUUCAGAGUCGAUUUUCUUCGUUGAAAGUCAUUAUUCCGGAUGAGGCAGGACUUUCCAUUUUGAAAGGGGCUGUUAUAUUUGGCCAUAGCCCAAAUGCGAUCACCCAGAGAAUUAGUAAAUAUACAUAUGGGAUAAGAUGUAAAUGCCUUUUUAAUGAAAACAAACAUCCUUUGUCAAACAAAGUGAUUGGAGAAGGCGGUGUGGCCUUUUGUAAGAAUGCUUUUGCAAAACAUGUCGAAGCGGGACAAUCAUUAAGAAUCGGUGACACUCAGGCCGAACAUGAAUACAUUCCUUCAAGAAGUGAACAGACAAUUAUGAGAUUUCCCAUUUUUGCAACAAAGGAGAAAAAUCCUUUGCUGGUAACUGAAAGCGGCUGCUUUGAAAUUGGAAAACUUCGCAUACCGAUAUCAGGCACAGGGCUAGAUCGUAAAGUUUACGUUCAAAUGAACUUUGGGGGUACCGAAAUUGAGGUGAAGGGCACAGACAAGGCUACUGGAAAUGCAGUUGAAGUCAAAGUAGACUUCCUGUCAUAGAUGUGACAAGUGCUUCACUUGCAACUUUGAGGAAGCAUUUUAAAAUAAAGAAUAUUUGCCAUAAGUAAACAAUUUAAAGCACUUAGUUUUGUUGUUCGUGUGUUGGUUAAGAUGGACAAUUUUGAUAUAUUUACUAACUCUGUUAUCAUUUUAUUACGCAAGGUUUUGAUAGAUUGCAUUAAAUUGGCACAGUAGGUAAAUGCUAUUUGAGAUGGCAAUGACACCAUAUCCAAGAAGUGUUUAAAAUAUAUUUAUAUUGUAUAAGAAUAAUUGUAUUAUCGU